AUGUCUUUACAAAUCUCCUUUGAUAAAUCAAAGAGUCAUCCUGCUCAUUUGCAGUUGGCCAAUAAUUUGAAGGUCGCCUUGGCGCUAGAAUUUGCAAGCAAAGGUUUAAAGCUUGAAAUCGAUGAUGAGAACACAUCUAUGGAAUUGCAUCACGCAAAGGAACAAUUUACUUUGUUUGAUGCUAAUGCCAUCUUAAGAUAUGUCAUGAACGACUUUGAAGAUCAAGAUUCUGACAAGUACCAAUUUGCAUUGGCAUCUCUACAAAAUUUGCUGUAUCAUAAAGAGUUACCUCAACAACAUGUCGAAGUCUUGACAAACAAGGCCAUCGAAAACUACUUAUCCCAGUUGAAAGAACCUUCAACUGCGACAGACUUGAUUGUGUUUGCCAAUAUUUACGCCUUGGAUCCCUCUUUAGUUCAAUCUAAAUUCCCAGAGUUGCCAUCUAAAGUGAGCAGAGCUAUCAGUUUGACUCAAAAACAUGUUCCUCGUGACUCUUCUUCUUUCAAAAACACUGGUGCAGUAAAAAUCCAAUCAGACUUGACAGUCAAACCAAAGGAUGCUGAAAUCUUACCCAAACCAAAUGAAAGAAACAUUCUCAUCACAUCCGCAUUACCUUAUGUCAAUAAUGUUCCUCAUUUGGGUAACAUUAUUGGUAGUGUUCUUUCAGCUGAUAUCUUUGCUCGUUACUGUAAGGGACGUAACUAUAACGCUUUGUUUAUUUGUGGUACUGAUGAAUAUGGUACCGCUACAGAGACUAAAGCUUUGGAGGAAGGUGUUACACCAAGACAAUUGUGUAACAAAUACCACAAGAUACAUGAUGAAGUUUAUAAAUGGUUCCAAAUUGGAUUCGAUUACUUUGGUAGAACUACAACUGACAAGCAAACAGAAAUUGCUCAAGACAUUUUCAUGAAGUUGGAUUCCAACGGUUACCUGGAAGAGCAAUCCAUGAAACAGCUAUACUGUCCAGUGCACAACUCUUACUUGGCCGAUCGUUAUGUAGAGGGUGAAUGUCCAAAAUGUCACUACGACGACGCUCGUGGUGAUCAAUGUGAUAAAUGUGGUACUUUAUUAGAUCCAUUUGAAUUGAUCAAUCCACGUUGUAAAUUAGACGAUGCUUCUCCAGAACCCAAAUUUUCCGAUCAUAUCUUCUUGUCAUUGGACAAAUUGGAAUCCCAAAUUUCUGAAUGGGUUGGAAAGGCUUCUGAAGAUGGUAACUGGUCUAAAAAUUCAAAAACCAUUACGCAAUCUUGGUUAAAAGAUGGUCUAAAACCACGUUGUAUUACAAGAGAUUUGGUCUGGGGUACUCCAGUGCCUGUAGAAAAAUAUAAGGAUAAAGUUUUGUACGUUUGGUUCGACGCUACCAUUGGUUACGUUUCCAUCACUGCCAACUACACUAAGGAAUGGAAACAAUGGUGGAAAAAUCCAGAGAACGUUUCAUUGUAUCAAUUCAUGGGUAAGGACAACGUUCCUUUCCAUACCGUUGUUUUCCCCGGUUCUCAAUUGGGUACAGAAGAGAACUGGACCAUGUUACACCAUCUAAACACCACAGAAUAUUUACAAUAUGAAAACGGUAAGUUUUCUAAAAGUAGAGGUGUUGGUGUCUUUGGUAACAAUGCUCAAGACUCUGGUAUCUCUCCAAGUGUUUGGAGAUAUUACUUGGCAUCUGUUAGACCCGAAUCCAGUGAUUCUCACUUUUCAUGGGACGAUUUUGUUGCUAGAAAUAACAGUGAAUUGUUGGCUAACUUGGGUAACUUUGUCAAUAGGUUGGUUAAGUUUGUUAAUGCCAAAUACAACGGUGUUGUUCCAGAAUUCGAUCCUAAGAAGGUCUCUAACUAUGAUAGCUUAGUCAAAGAUAUUAACGAAACUUUAUCAAGUUACAUAAAAGAAAUGGAACUUGGCCAUGAAAGACGUGGUUUAGAAAUUGCCAUGUCACUAAGUGCUCGCGGUAACCAAUUCUUGCAAGAAAAUAAGCUCGACAAUACUUUAUUCUCUCAAUCCCCAGAAAAGUCAGAUGCUGUUGUCGCGGUCGGCUUGAAUAUUAUUUACGCAGUCAGUUCUAUUAUCACACCAUACAUGCCUGAGAUUGGUGAAAAGAUAAAUAAGAUGUUGAAUGCACCAGCUUUGAGGAUUGGGGAUGAAUUCCACCUGGCUAUUUUAGGAGGUCACAAUAUCAAUAAGGCUGAAUACUUGUUCCAACGUAUUGAUGAAAAGAAAAUCGAUGAGUGGAGAGCCAAAUACGGUGGUGGACAAGUGUAA